AUGGCCUCAGUACAAACAACCAACGGAGCACCCAAGACUCCCACCUACAUCCCCCCUUACUCACGCACAGAAUCCGCACCAGGAUCCCCAACCCCCUCAGUCCACUCCCAUCACGACGGCGACUUUCAACACCACCCAGACUAUCUCCGUCUGAUCCUCACCGCCCGCUGCUACGAGAUCCUCAAGCAAACCCCACUCACCCACGCCGUCAACCUCUCUAACAGAACCCAGAACCAGAUCUUGUUCAAGCGUGAGGAUCUCCAAGAUGUUUUUUCCUUCAAGAUCCGAGGCGCUUAUAACAAGUUGGCCCAUUUGACGGAGGAGGAGAAGCGGAGGGGCGUUAUUGCGUGCUCGGCCGGGAAUCAUGCGCAGGGUGUUGCGCUGGCCGCAAAGACGAUGGGGAUCAAGGCUACCAUUGUUAUGCCGACUCCUACGCCGGAGAUCAAGUCGAGGAAUGUGUUGAGGUUAGGGUCGACGGUUAUCCUGCAUGGGAAGAACUUUGAUGAGGCCAAGGCCGAAUGUGAGCGGUUGACCAAGCUGGAGAACUAUACCAACAUCCCACCGUUUGAUGAUCCCUAUGUCAUUGCUGGACAGGGAACCAUUGGAGCAGAGAUUUUGAGACAGCACAACUUGCAGGAUAUUGAUGCGAUCUUUUGUUGUGUUGGUGGUGGCGGGUUGAUUGCCGGUGUAGCGGCGUAUGUGAAGCGGGUUGCGCCUCAUAUCAAGAUCAUUGGCUGUGAGACCGUGGAUGCUAAUGCGAUGACUCAGAGUUUGAAGGCUGGACGCAGGAUUGAGUUGACGGAUGUUGGGCUGUUUGCGGAUGGUGCUGCUGUCAAGGUUGUGGGCGAGGAGCCCUUCCGACUCUGCCAGUCGUUUGUCGAUGAGAUGGUCGAAGUCACCAACGACGAGAUCUGUGCAGCGAUCAAGGACAUCUUCGAAGACACCCGCUCAAUCGUCGAACCCGCCGGAGGACUCGCCGUAGCGGGCUGCAAAAAGUACCUCCGCGAACACAACUUCACCAACAAGACCUGCAUCGCCGUCACCUCGGGGGCCAACAUGAACUUUGAGCGCCUCCGCUUCGUCGCUGAACGCGCCUUACUUGGAGAACAAAAAGAAGCCCUCCUCUCCGUCGUCAUCCCCGAAAAGCCCGGCUCCUUUUUGCGGCUCUACAAACAUAUCCAUCCGCUCAUGGUGACCGAGUUCUCAUACCGGUAUGCGCCCAACAGGAGAGCACAGAUCUACAUGUCCUUCUUAUGUAACGAUCGUAGGAGAGAGGUGCCGUUGAUCAUGGACCAGUUGGUCAAGGAGGAUAUGCAGGCUUGGGAUAUUAGUGAGGACGAGAUGGCAAAGUCCCACGCGAGGUAUAUGAUUGGUGGGCGGUCUGAGGCUGAGAACGAGAGAAUGUUCAGGUUCGAGUUCCCUGAACGUCCUGGUGCGCUGUUGCAAUUCCUGGAAGGUCUGAGGGCUGGAUGGAACGUUUCGCUCUUCCACUACCGGAAUCACGGCUCUGAUAUGGGCAAGGUGUUAGCGGGGUUACAGGUCCCUGAGGAGGACAACGAGGAGUUUACAAAUUACCUGUCUCAAUUGAACUAUCACUGGGUCGAGGAGACCAACAACCCCCUCUACAAGCAGUUUUUCUGCUAA